GAAAAUUCGGGUCAGGUCUGGCGUCUAGGGAAGGCCCGGAAGGGGACGACUUCACUACUCCAGUCCUGUGAAGUAAUGCGAUAACACUUCGCGGCUUGCGCAGACAACUUUAAUACUGUUUUCCAUACGCAAAUUUCACCAACUGGUCCUUCCAAUCUCUGCCACGCUCUACUCUACUGCGUCUUCUAGAUAAAAGUUUGGGUUCGUGUUUAGGACGUGUGGUGGCCUUCCCCUUGUAAACGUUGUGAUCGUCAAGCUUCUACUCUUCCGUGAUCGAUCGUCUUGAGUGAAGCCGAAAGGUCUGAACUUGCCUCGUGAACUUAACAAGGAGAACCAGCAGCCGUCGCUGAAGCUGGAAGCAGGAGCCGUCCGACAGGCUGAAAGUUUCUUUUGAGUGUCGUAAAUGGUGAAACUGCUGUUGGUUUAUUCUGUAACUGAGCUAGGGCUUACUCGUCUACUUGAGUUCUAGUCCAAAAGAUGCCAUGAUCAUAUCCAGAUAAUCUCAAAAGCGAGUUGUUAAUCCGGAGGGUGAUCUUGUCAGCUCUCAGUUCAUCUUCUGUUUGAGGACUUAUUCAUCCAAAGGAAUGAUUCUGUCAGCUCUAUUAACUUCUGUUGGGAUCAAUCUGGGCCUUUGUCUCCUAUUUUUUACUUUAUACUCUAUACUGAGAAAGCAGCCGGGUAAUUAUGCUGUCUAUGCACCGCGCUUGGUUGCUCAACGUAAAUCUGAACAGAGGAGCGACUUCAACUUAGAGAGGUUGAUACCUUCAGCUGGUUGGAUAAGGCAGGCAUGGCAGCCCUCUGAACAAGAACUCUUAAUGGGCUUUGGCCUCGACACAGUGGUCGCUAUGCGCAUUUUUGUCUUUGGUUUGAGAGUGUUUACCUUCGCUGGGAUUGUUGGAAUUGUUAUUCUGCUUCCAAUUAAUUAUUCUGGAAAUCAGUUAAGUGAUGAUGAUUCAGACCUGCCAGAUAUAUCAUUGGACUCAUUCAGUAUAUCAAAUGUCGAAGAUGGGUCGAACUGGUUAUGGGUUCACUUUUGUGCUGCAUAUGCUCUUACCGGAGUUGUCUGCUAUCUUCUGUAUAAUGAAUAUGGUUAUAUUUCGUCAAAGAUAAUUGAUUACUUCUAUGCAAGCAAACCUUUGCCUCAUCAGUUUACAGUUUUAGUUCGUGGCAUUCCUGUGUCGGUGGGUGACAGUGUCAGUGAGAAAGUUGGCAGCUUUUUUUCAGAAUUCUAUCCUACCGUUUACCUUUCACAUUCUGUGGUUCGUCGAACGAGCAAACUCCACAGUCUCAUUAAUGAAGUGAAGCAGCUCCGCAGAAAACUAGCCCGCUUGAAAUUGAAUGGAAAUGCAUCAAACAGGCAUAAGAGAGAAGGAUUUUUGGGAAUAUUUGGACGUCGGGUAAAUGUUAUAGACUAUUAUGAGAAGAAGCUAGAAGAUCUACAAGAGCAAGUGAGAAUGGAGCAGUCCUCUUUGGCUGGGAAGGAAGUUCCAGCUGCUUUUGUUUCGUUUAAGUCACGUCUCGGUGCUGCAACUGUUUUGCACAUCCAACAGAGGAUCAAUCCCACAGUGUGGGUCACUGAACAAGCUCCAGAUCACAAGGACAUUCACUGGGUUUUCUUUUCCACAUCCUUCUUACGGCGAUUUAUUUCGUACGUGUUAGUGGUGGUGGCGUGUAUUGUUAUUACAAUCCUCUUCCUUAUUCCGGUGGCUAUAGUUCAAGGACUUACCAAUCUGGAACAGCUGGAGACAUGGCUUCCUUUCCUGAAAGGGAUAUUGAGACUAGCAUUUAUUAGGCAAGUGAUAACAGGAUAUCUUCCCAGUCUGAUUCUUCAGCUAUUUGUCUCCCUCAUACCACCUGUGAUGAUAAUGCUCUCCACCCACCAAGGAUAUGUAGCCUACAGUCAGAUUGAAAAGAGUGCUUGUAUCAAGGUGCUGUUUUUUACAAUGUGGAACAUAUUCUUUGCAAAUGCACUAUCAGGAUCAGCUCUUUAUCAGAUAGAUGUCAUCCUCGACCCCAAGAAUAUUCCUAGGGUGCUUGCCGAGGCUGUUCCUGGACAGGCAUCCUUCUUCAUAGCAUAUGUUGUGACUUCAGGAUGGACUGGUGUAUCAUCGGAACUCUUCCGAUUGCUUCCACUCAUCUCCAAUUACUGCAGGCGGCUAUUUUGUAAAAAGGAUGAUGAACACGUGGAGGUUCCUUCAACCCCUUACCAUAGUCAAAUCCCCAAAAUUCUCGUCUUUGAGCUUCUUGGUUUGACAUACUUCUUCCUAGCUCCGCUAAUUCUCCCGUUCAUCCUGAUUUUCUACUGCAUGGGAUACAUCGUCUACCGCAAUCAGAUUCUAAAUGUGUAUAUGUCCAAGUAUGAGACCUCCGGGAAGUUUUGGCCUUUAGUGCACAGCUCGACGAUAUUUUCGCUGGUUCUGAUGCAUGUGAUUGCGAUUGGCUUAUUCACGCUGAAGAAGCUUCCCCUGGCAUCUGCUUUAAUUCUCCCUCUUCCAAUUCUCACCCUUCUCUUCAAUGAGUACUGCAAGAGACGCUUCCUCCCCCUGUUUAAAGCUUAUCCUGCUGAGUGUCUGAUAAAGAAAGACAAAGAAAACCAGAAUGAGCCGACAAUGGGGGAGUUCUACGACAAGUUAGCGACUGCAUAUGAGGAUCCAGCUCUGAAGGCGAGAGAAUAUUAUGGGGCCACCGGAACAAACACGUCUCCCCUUCUUCGUGAUACUGGAACCUCAUAAUCAGUAAUUUUCAAUCUAUCUCGUGUGCUGCAAUUCUGCAAGUAAAUAUUAAGGCGAACAGAACCAUUUUCCACCCCUUUGGUCGGCCUUUUUCUGAUAGAGGAGAGUCUUCCUAAGUCGAGUAAAUCCAGGAAACACAGCCCUUGGUGAUGAGCGAAGCAUUAGUGUGUGUGAGAUGCAGUAGCUGCAUUGAUCUCGGGAUCUUGUUGGAUUUUGCGAGCUUCGAUAUCUUUAACCAGUAGAGAGAUGAGAUAUAUGCGGGUGAUCCAAAUGGAUGGAUGAAGAAAUUGAUGUUAAAUGAUCCUUAUAUGUCACUUUCAUGGGAUUGCCAUAAACUUUGAUCAUAACAAGAGUCUGUUUGCUGCCAAAACUCUAUAUGGGUUGGACUAGGACUUGCCUUGUGGAAAUCGUUCUUCUUAGAGUUCCAUUGGCAGAGACAAAAUGCAAACUGAUAAGGGAAUGUCCCCUUUGCUUUGCUUUGCUUUGUCCAAAGUACUUUCAUGGCACUUCUGAUAAUCUAAAUCCAUGUGGAUGGCGUCAUUUUGUAACCUUCA